AUGGGCGAGUGCGUCCGCAACCCGGGCUACAUGUACUACAACUGCCCGCGCAGCUGCCUGGUCUGCAACGUCACCUACCUGGACACGGUGCCGGAACAGGUGGAAAUCGCGCCCGGCGUCUGGAUGCCCACCAUCGGGUUUGGCACCGCCGGUCUGGGGGACGCCACUGCAGAGGCCGUCGCCUCCGCCCUGGCAAAUGGGUACCGCCUGCUCGAUUCGGCGCAGGCCCGCGAAUGGUACCGGGAGGACCUGGUGGGCGAAGGCCUGGCGGCCAGCGGCGUGCCUCGCUCCCAGGUGUUCCUCACCUCCAAGCUGCACCCGCGCAACCUGGGGUACUGGAACACGCUGUCCAUGGUACGCCAGUCGCUGGCCGACCUGCGCACCGACUACCUGGACCUGUUCCUGCUGCACUACCCCGACUGUGGCGCAGGGCUCUGCCCCGGCCUGAACCCCGAGGGCACCUGGCAGGACUCCUGGGCGGCGCUGGAGGAGCUGGCGGCGGAGGGCCUGGUGCGCGCCAUCGGCGUGGCCAACUUCGACGUGGUGCAGCUGGAGGCGCUGCGCCUGGCGGCGCGCACGCCGCCCGCGCUGGUGCAGACGGGCAUGGAGCCGCGCGACCCCGGCGCGGCGGUGCGCGCCUGGUGCCGGCGCCACGGCGUGCGGCACCAGGCCUACUCCAGCCUGGGCACGCAGCGCGGCGCCGCCGCGCUGCUGGGCCACCCGGUGGUACGCGGCGUGGCGGCGGCCCACGCCGAUGCCGGCGCCACGCCGGCCCAGGUGUUGCUGGCCUGGGCGCUGCGCCACGGCUCCGCCGUGGUACCGCGCUCCGCCUCGCCCGCGCACCAGCGCGAGAACCUGGCCGCUGCGAGGCUGGCCCUGAGCGCCGCGGAGAUGCAGGACCUGGACGGCCUGGACGGGGCGUGA